CGGCGGCGGGGCGAGCAUGGCGAGCGGCGGAUCGGCCUGAAGGAGGGCGUCCUCCCCCGCGCCCGGAAUGCAAUGUUAAUCCUGGGGCAUUGAUGUUCUACAAUGCCUGAUCAAGACAAAAAGGUGAAGACCACAGAAAAAUCAGCGGAGAAGCAGCAACAAGGAGUCAGCACUAGGGACUACUCAGAUCUUAAAAGACUUCGCUGCCUGUUAAACGUUCAGUCAAGCAAACAACAGCUUCCGGCCAUUCACUUUGACAGUGCCCAGAAUAGUAUGACGAAAUCUGAACACGCUCUCAAGGCUGGUGGACACAGGAGUCGGGGUCACUGGCAGGAGUCCACGGAGGCCGUCGAGCUGGAAAACUUUAGUGUAAACUAUAAGAAUGAGAGAAAUUUCAGCCAACAUCCCCAGCAUAAACUGUUUCAAGAGAUCUUCACGGCUUUGGUGAAGAACAGACUUAUAUGCAGAGAGUGGGUGAACCGAGCUCCGUCUAUUCAUUUUCUGAGAGUGUUAAUCUGCCUGAGGUUACUCAUGAGGGAUCCAUGUUAUCAGGAAAUACUCCAUAACUUGGGUGGGAUUGAAAAUCUAGCUCAGUACAUGGAGAUCGUGGCCGACGGCUACCUGGGCUACGGAGAAGAGCAGCAUAAUGCCGACAAGCUGGUCAACAUGACGUAUAUCUUUCAGAAACUUUCGGCCGUCAAAGAUCAGAGAGAAUGGGUCAUAGCGAGCGGAGCACACAAGACAUUAGUGAAUUUAUUAGGAGCCAGAGAUACAAACGUUCUGCUGGGGGCCCUGCUCGCACUUACAAGUUUAGCUGAAAGUCCAGAAUGUAGGGAGAAGAUAAGUGAGCUCACCAUCGUAGAAAACCUGCUGAUGAUCCUACAUGAGUAUGACUUGCUUUCGAAAAGACUAACUGCGGAGCUGCUGCGCCUCCUUUGCGCUGAAUCCCAAGUGAAGGAACAAGUGAAGGUAUAUGAGGGCAUCCCCAUCCUGCUCAGUCUGCUGCAUUCAGACCACCUGAAGUUGCUCUGGAGCGUGGUGUGGAUUCUGGUCCAGGUGUGCGAGGACCCCGAGACCAGCGUGGAGAUCCGCACGUGGGGAGGCAUCAAGCAGCUCCUGCACAUCCUCCAGGGAGACAGAAAUUUAGUUUCUGAUCGUUCUUCCAUUGGAAGCCUGUCUAGUGCAAAUGCAGCAGGAAGAAUCCAACAGCUUCGAUUGUCAGAAGAUUUAAGCCCUCAAGAAAUACAAGAAAAUACCUUUUCUCUUCAAUCAGCCUGCUGUGCUGCUCUUACUGAACUGGUGCUUAAUGACACAAAUGCUCACCAGGUUGUACAGGAAAAUGGUGUAUAUAUAAUAGCAAAGUUAAUUUUACCAAACAAACAAAAGAAUGCAGCAAAAACUCAUUUAUUGCAGUGUUAUGCUUUUAGAGCCUUGCGCUUUCUCUUCAGUAUGGAAAGGAAUAGACCUCUCUUUAAAAGACUAUUCCCCACUGACUUGUUUGAGAUCUUCAUUGAUAUAGGACAUUAUGUGCGUGAUAUCAGUGCUUACGAAGAGCUGGUAUCAAAGUUGAAUUCACUGAUGGAGGACGACUUGAAACAGAUUGCCGAAAACAUCGAAAGCAUAAAUCAGAAUAAAGCGCCUACGAAAUACAUAGGCAAUUAUGCCAUUUUAGACCACCUCGGGAGCGGUGCGUUUGGAUGCGUUUAUAAGGUUAGAAAGCGUAGUGGUCAAAACCUUUUAGCCAUGAAAGAAGUCAACCUCCACAACCCUGCCUUUGGAAAGGACAAGAAGGAUCGAGAUAGCAGCGUAAAGAACAUUGUCUCGGAGCUAACGAUAAUCAAGGAGCAGCUUUAUCACCCUAAUGUUGUACGCUACUAUAAAACUUUUCUAGAAAAUGACAGGUUGUACAUAGUUAUGGAACUCAUAGAAGGGGCACCUCUUGGAGAACAUUUCAGUUCUUUGAAAGAGAAACAGCACCAUUUCACUGAAGAGAGGAUAUGGAAUAUAUUUAUACAACUGUGCCUGGCUCUUCGUUACUUGCAUAAAGAAAAGAGGAUCGUCCACCGAGACCUCACACCGAACAAUAUCAUGCUGGGGGACAAAGACAAAGUAACCGUGACUGACUUUGGCCUGGCAAAACAAAAGCAAGAAAACAGCAAACUCACAUCGGUUGUUGGAACGAUUCUCUACUCCUGCCCCGAGGUUUUGAAGAGUGAGCCCUAUGGGGAAAAGGCUGAUAUCUGGGCUGCAGGCUGUAUCCUCUAUCAGAUGGCAACGCUGAAUCCUCCCUUCUACAGUACCAACAUGCUCUCCUUAGCGACCAAAAUAGUAGAGGCAGUAUAUGAACCAGUCCAAGAAGGGAUCUACUCUGAAAAAGUGACAAUUAUAAUCAGCAGAUGCUUGACUCCUGAUGCCGAAGCCCGGCCAGACGUGGUGGAGGUGAGCGCGAUGAUAUCCGACGUCAUGAUGAAGUAUCUGGACGGCUUGGCCGCCUCCCAGCUCGCCCUGGAGAAGAAGCUCGAGCGCGAGAGGAGGCGCACCCAGCGCUACUUCAUGGAAGCCAACCGGAACGCAGUCACUUGUCACCAUGAGCUGGCCAUCCUGUCUCAUGAGAGUUUUGAGAAGGCCAGCCUGAGCAGCAGCAGCAGCGGCGGGGCCAGCCUGAAGAGCGAGCUCUCGGAAAGCGCCGACCUCCCCCCGGAGAGCUUCCAGCAGCCCUGCGGGAAGGACGAAGACAGAGCCUGCGACGAGCUGCUGUCCGACGAUCACUACAACUUGGAGAACAUUGACAAAGACAUAUAUUCAGAAUUAGAUGAUGAACUGGACAUCUCCGACGCCUCCAGCAACUCCAGCUCGAGCCCUCUGAAAGAGUCGACAUUCGGCAUUUUAAAACGGAGUUUCAGUGCUUCUGGAGGAGAAAGACAGUCUCAUGGAAGGGAAUACACCGGAGGAAUUGGAUCAAGACCAAGACCAGCUUUGCUGCCUCUUGACCUGCUUCUGAAAGUGCCAUCACUCAUGUUCAGGGCCCACGUUAAGAAAAUAGAGGCCUCGUUAGUGACAGGGUGGCAGUCGCACAGCCUUCCCGCUGUGAUUCUUCGCAAUCUGAAAGAUCAUGCUUCUGCGGGGAUUGCUGUGUCCCAGAGAAAAGUACGGCAGAUCAGUGAUCCCAUUCAGCAAAUCUUAAUUCAGCUGCAUAAGAUUAUCUACAUCACCCAGCUCCCUCCUGCUUUACACCACAAUUUGAAAAGAAGGGUUAUUGAGAGAUUCAAGAAAUCCCUCUUCAGCCAGCAGAGCAAUCCUUGUAACUUGAAAUCCGAAAUUAAAAAGCUGUCUCAAGGAUCUCCAGAGCCAAUCGAACCAAACUUUUUUACAGCAGAUUGUCAUUUAUUGCUGCAUUCAUCAAGUGGAAAUACCCUAUCCCCAAAUGACAGGACAGGACUUCCCAACAGCUUUGAUCUGGAAGAGGGAAUAACCUACGAACAGAUGCAGACUGUGAUUGAAGAGGUCCUAGAAGAAAGUGGCUAUUACAAUUUUACUUCUAACAGGUAUCAUUCUUAUCCAUGGGGAACGAAGAACUAUCCAACUAAAAGAUGAAAAACCUGUGUUUGAGUGGACUGCAGGGGCUUUGGGUUUUCCAAUGAAGUUAACUGCCAGGACUUCCAUUAUUAUCGUGUGAUGGCCGAAGGGAUAAGCUCUGCCCGAAGGGUAUUGAAGAGAAGAAACCAGCGCUGAGACGAAUCCCGGAUGCGUUUCUGGGUUCUUGAAGCUCGGAAUCUGCGGCUGCCAUCACGGCUGCUCCAGUCUCUGCAGAGAGCUCUGUGCCUGUUACUCCGGCAGGUUGCUGCACAUUUCAGUUGCUGGGAGGAAACAUUCUUCAACAGAACUCUCUUCCAUUUAAGGGGGGGGGGGAAGCUUUUCCUAUGUCUUAAAGAAGGAUUUGAUCCUCAGGAUUGCUGGAACUAUGUUUAAGGGCAUGGAGCCUUCCCUGCAUCAAAAAUAGGGAUAGAUUUGAAAAAAGGGGAAAAAAAAAAAAACCAAGAUCCAGAUAACAUAUUGGAAGAUCCACUGUAUCCAAUAAUUUCAAUAGAAAUUCAAAACUGCAAUUUGCAAUUUAAAUGAAAGAAUUGGCUUGAUAUCAACCACCUGGGUGCUAGUAAACUUGAUACAGUGUAGACAGUAUUUGCAAGCUGUACAGCUUCACAGAAUAACUGUCGAUUUUUAAAUUUCAGGCCAGAAGAGUAGACUAUAUUCAUGUACAGUAUGCAUAUAUAUGUAUAUAUAUAUAAAUGUAUAUAAUAGGUAGAUAGAUAUAUAGAUGAUAGAUAUUUUAUGUUUACCUAAAAAAAGAAAUAGCUAGAUGGAAGAGAUGCUUUGCUGCUAAUCAAACCUCUAGGGCUUAAUGAAAGUUGAAAAGAUGUAUAUCCCAUCGCUGAAAUCCGAUCAUCCUGACUCCAAGGCUUGCCCUAUUCAAGUUUACACAGUUGUUGAAAAAGAAAAUUAUUGUGUAAUGAAUGUUAAGUUCUUGUAUCCAGCGUGAGCUACUGUAAAGGAUGACAUAUAUAUGUAUGUUAUCAUAUAUAACACAUAAGGUUUGUAUAUGUAUUUAUGCAUCAGAAUAUCAAGAUGCCAAACAGUGGCACAUCCCUAUAUAAAUUUGGCUAUUGACUAAAAGGUACAGUUCUGAAAUGAUCAUCUUUCAUAUAUAUGUGUACAUAAAUACACGUGUAUACACGCUGCUUCCUGUAUUAACUAGAGUGUAUCUUGACAAAUCUUUACAGAAACUUCCCAUGCCACGUCAGAGCUUCCAUACUAGAGGAUAUUGCAUUAUCAUUUUCAUACCUUUAAAUAUCUAGCAGUAAAGCAGAUCUAAAUACUACUUUCCUGUAAGACCUUUUUGCUGACUUUAGAAAAUAUAUAUUUGCAUUUUUAUUUUUGCACAAUAGGGAAAGGAUUUGGCUGAUUAUAUACAUAGUUAAGCUAAUACAGCUAUUUAGUUUAUUUAUUUUAAAAUGGCCUAAAAAGAAUGACCCAUGUAGUGUAAUAACUCCCUUAUUGUGAUCUGAUACAUAUAUAUUUUUUGUUAUCACAUGAUUUUACCAUUUAUUUUACUUUCCUAUACUAAUAAAGAUUGGAAUAUAACAA